AUGAAUACAACUAUCAUUUUGACUGGUAUUCUUGCCUACUUUUUACUUAUGUUAACUAUGACAUAUUCAUUUGCAUUAUCAAGCAAAACAACUGAUGAUGAAAAUCAUGAACUUAUUGAAGGACCAUUGAUAUUAUCACCAUAUAAAUUCAAUUCAAUCUAUGAAAAUGAUGGCUCAAUAUUUGAUGAUUCUGAUGAGCAUGAGCUUGGAAAACGUCGUUUCAAUGCUUGGGCUGGUAAACGUAGUCUGGCGUCAAAAGGUCGUUUUAAUGCAUGGGCUGGUCGACGUUAA